UCUUAUGGUUAUUUACGUCUCCCUUUUCCAGUAUAAUUAAGAUGCAGAAAAGAAAGAGGCAGGAGAAGAUUGACAGCUUUUUCAAGAGAAAUCCUGAGAGGAAGUUGCUGGAGGCAUCAGUUUCAGAGAGAGCACAGGAAGGUUCAGAGGGUGUAUGUGAGGUUGUGGCCAGGAUUCAGGAAGACAGAGAUGAAGAGGGACAAAAAGGCAGACACGAAGCAGACAGACAAGAAGCAGACAGACAAGAAGCAGACAGACACGAGGCGGGCAGACACGAAGCAGGAAGACACGAAGCGGGCAGACAAGAAGCAGGCAGACAAGAAGCAGACAGACAAGAAGCAGGCAGACAGGAAGAGCAGAGUGAGGGAGAGGUCAGAGAGGAUAAGGAUGAAGAUGAAAUGGUAGAGAGAAGAGCAGAGAACUCAGACGUGGAUGUCACUCGCCAUCAGUUCAGUAAGCCCAAUCAACCAGAUCCAAAAUUAAUUGCUAAACAGUCCUUGCCUAAAUAUACUCUUAGUUUUCAAACUCAGUGGUACCAGAAAUGUCCAUGGCUCCAUGUGAGUCCUGGUGUUGAGGGUGUAUUGUGCUUUUACUGCUCCAAAGCCUUUAACUCAGAGACAUCACCUCUUGCCAAGAAUGCUGAUUCAGCAUUCAUUUCAUCUGGGUUUAAAAAUUGGAAAAAAGCCCUUGAGCGAUUUACUGUGCAUGAGAGAUCUGAAAGUCAUAAAACAGCCAUGACUACUCACAUCUAUGAAGAUCGAUCAGUACAGGUUCAGCUAUCUAGAGUGAGUGUGAAACAGCAAGAAGAAGCAAGAGGAUGUCUUCUCAAAAUCAUUGGUGCUGUGCAGAUGUUGGCUAGGCAGGGCUUACCUUUUAGGGGCCAUGAAUGUGGUGAGGGAAAUUUUGAACAGGUUCUGAAGUACAAAUCAGAGGAUGACCCCUCUCUAACCAAGUGGUUGACAUGUGGUAGAAAGGAUGUAUAUACUUCAGCUAUGGUUCAAAAUGAGAUCCUGACUUUGUUUAGCAGAGUUAUCAUAAGUGAAAUAGUUGAAAACAUCAGAUCAGUUCCACACCUGCAGUACUCUGUGAUGAUGGAUGGGACACGAGACGUGUCUGGAAAAGAGCAAGAGGCAGUCUGUUUGAGAUAUGUUGACGAGGAUUUAGUCCCUCAUGAAGAUUUUAUUGGUCUUUAUGAGGUUUCUUUGACAACAGGAGAAAAUUUAGCAAAAGUAGUCAUGGAUGUUUUGCAGCGCCUACAAUUGCCCAUCACUGGGAUGCGUGGCCAAGCAUACGAUGGCGCUGCAAAUAUGGCUGGCAAAUACAAUGGAGCACAGGCCAUUUUAAGAAAAAUACAACCUCUGGCUCCCUAUGUUCAUUGUGCUGCCCACUGUGUUAACCUAAUAACACAGAGGUCGUGUACUGCCUCAAUAUUUAUCCGCAAUUCUCUGGAUUGGGUCAAUGAGUUGGGAGUGUUGUUUGGGCAGUCAGGGAAACUGAAGGACAUAUUUAAGGGAAUUGCAAGGUCUGAGGAGGUUGAGGGUCCAUGUCACUCUAUAAGACCUCUGUGUCCAACAAGGUGGACGGUCCGCACUAGUGCCAUCCGCACUGUGCUAAACCAGUACGAGUGUAUAAUCAAGACUUUGGCUGAGAUGGCAGUGAGUGAGUCUGAUGCGGCUAGUAAGGCACAGGGGCUAUAUGAGACAUUUCAGCAGGGAAAUGUUGUCCUUGGACUUGUGUGUGCUUUGGAGAUCACAGGGGAGUUGGAGGUUUUGAAUAUGUCCCUCCAGCGCAGAACACAGACCCUAGAUGGAAUGCUUUCAGCUGUUGCCUGUGUUAAGGAAAGCUUCAGCAAAAAGAGAAACACAGAGAGUUUUCAGGCACUUUACAUGAAAGCAACAAGGAUGUGUGAGACACUCCAUCUCACUCCUAUUGCCUCUCCUCGUGUUCGUAUCCCACCUCAGCGCUUCACAGGUAGUGCUCCUGCACAUGUACAUGUGUCCCCUUCUGACUACUACAGGACUGAAUUCUACAAAGUUCUGGAUGUUGCUGACAUGCAGUUUAGAGAAAGAUUUGAGCAGGAGGGAAUGCAAAUGUUAAGGCACCUGGAACAAGUUCUCUUGACUGGAAAGAUACAUGGUGUUGUCCAACAGUACCCAGAAAUCAACCCAGACAUCCUCAAAGUUCAGCUUGCAUUGUUCAGAAUGAAGUACAGCUUCCAGUCUAGUACUGAAGUUGUUGCUGUUCUUCAAGGGAUGAAUCCAGAGGUCCGUGGUCUCUUUGACCAAGUCGAAACAGUAGCCCGACUCCUCCUAGUUGUGCCUGUGUCAUCAGCAGAGUCAGAAAGGAGUUUCAGCAGCCUCCGGAGGCUGAAAACAUGGCUACGCAGCACCAUGACCCAAAUCCGCCUCAACAGUGUUGCUAUGUGCCAUGUACAUAAAGACAAGCUGGACAGGGUAAACAGAAAAAAUAUUGCUGCACAGUUUGUCUCCUGUAAGGAGAGCAGAAAGAGCACUUUUGGUUCUUUUAAAUGAG